AUGGCUUUCCCCGUUUUAUUAAUAAUGUUCGUUACGAUCGUUUUGGUUAAAACCGAAGAGGAAACUUCAGGAUUACGUAUGUCAAAGGCGGAGAGACUAAGCUUAAGAGAUGAAUCAAGGCAGAUGUUCUAUCAUGCUUAUCAUGCUUACAUGGAGAAUGCAUAUCCAGCUGAUGAACUGAUGCCUCUCAGUUGCAAGGGCAGAUGGAAAGGAAUUACACCGAGUCGUGGAGAUAUGGAUGAUGCUUUAGGAAAUUUCUCAUUGACAUUGGUGGACAGCUUAGACACUUUAGUUGUGAUGGGGGACUUUUCGGAAUUUAAUCAUGCAAUCCAACUCGUUAUAAAAGAUGUCUCUUUUGACCAAGAUAUUGUUGUUUCAGUCUUUGAAACAAAUAUUAGGAUGCUGGGGGGUCUAUUGUCUGCUCACGUAUUGGCGGAAACGUUGAAGAGCGAUAUUCCAUUAUUGCAAUGGUAUAACAAUGAAUUGUUGACGAUGGCAGAAGAUUUAGGGAAAAGGUUGUUACCUGCUUUCAAUACAUCCACUGGCAUACCUCAUGGAAAGAUAAACCUCAGACAUGGUAUACGAGACUUAACCGAAUCACGGGAGACAUGCACUGCGUGCGCGGGAACGAUGAUUCUAGAGAUGGCAGCUCUGUCACGACUCACCGGAAACCCUAUUUACGAACAGAAAGCGCAUAAAUCUAUGGAUCGUCUCUGGAAAAUAAGACACAGAACCUCGGACCUCAUGGGGACAGUUAUAAACAUUCACUCCGGUGACUGGGUUCGUAAAGAUUCCGGAGUCGGUGCCGGAAUAGACUCUUACUAUGAAUAUUGCUUGAAAGCAUACAUACUCCUUGGUGAUGAAAAAUAUCUUGCCCGAUUUACUAGGCACUACAACGCCAUCAUGAAGUACAUAAGUAGAGGUCCCGUAAUGUUGGCCGUGCACAUGCACCGACCGCAUCUCCAGUCCCGUAAUUUCAUGGAUGCCCUGUUGGCGUUCUGGCCUGGGCUACAGGUACUACUGGGCGACGUCCGACCGGCCGUCGAAACUCACGAGAUGCUCUACCAAGUAAUGCAGAGGCACACUUUCAUACCGGAAGCUUUCACUUCCGACUUUCAGGUGCACUGGGGACAGCAUCCGUUGCGGCCAGAGUUUUUGGAGUCGACUUAUUUCUUGCAUCGCGCCACCGAAGACGAUCACUAUUUGCAAGUCGGCAAGACCGUGCUGAAAGCGUUGCAGCAGCACACGCGCGUGCCGUGCGGAUACGCGGCCGUGAAUGACGUCAGAACGCGCGCACACGAGGACCGAAUGGACUCGUUCGUGCUCGCGGAGACAUUCAAAUACUUAUACAUGCUGUUCGGCGACGAGAAGGAUUUCCCGAUCAAACUGGAAGAUUACGUAUUGACAACUGAAGCACAUUUCCUGCCGCUGUCGUUGGCAACCGUAGGAAAGAACACGUCGUAUUUCACAUUGAAGAUCGACGAUCCCGACGAAGAUAAAUAUAGAAAAACGUGCCCGAAUACAGCGUCGCUUGUGCCCGAGAAAGUACGUCAGCCGAUGCGCCAGCUGCUGGGCUCGACCGCGGCGCGUCCGCCGGCGAGGCUGCGUCCACUCAAUGACCCUCGCCAGAUUAACGCUCUCUCCGACAUGGGUAUAUCAGUACUGACUCUUCCCGAUGGUAGAGUACAGCUGCUUUAUACUAUCAACACAGCUAAAUCGGCGAAAGACGCCGCUGAAGGCUUGACGUUCAUGCGGGAGAUGGCCAAAUGGAACUCGCUUAGUGAUUUCGAAAACGGAGUCAUACCGGCCGGUGUGAAAAUCGACGAUAAAAUCUUUCCUGCCGGACCAGCGCACUUCGGGAAGGAAAUAACAGGAAACGAACGCCACACAAACACCCUUACAUUCGUGACCCCUAUCGACGCGUGCACCCCUGUUGAAAACGAAGAGGAGAUUUCGAACGGUUUCGGUAUCGCGAAACGCGGCCAUUGCACGUUCGCUCAGAAAGUGCGAAACAUGCAAAAGGCCGGCGUCAAACUGGCCAUCAUAAUAGACAACAUUCCGGACUCGACACACGAGACGACCGCUCUGUUCGCGAUGUCCGGCGACGGUAACGACGACAUCGAAAUACCCGCAGUUUUCCUGUUCUCGAAAGAAGGCGAAUAUUUAUCGAACGCUUUAAAGAAUAACCCCGAGCUCACCGUGACCGUGGGCGAACUUAAAAACUUAAAGAAGCACUACGAUAAUUCCUGCGAUGAAGGCGGCUGCGAGGCCGUGGUCGAUUCACAGAACUUACCGGCGGACAAAGAAUCCUUCGAUCAUUUAAAAAAGGUUCUAAGCCAGUUGGUUGCUCAAUUCGAAUUGUCGCUCUCGAACGAAGAAGGUAAUACGCAAAAUUCAUGCGCCGAAGAAAUCGCUGAGAGCAUUCACUUAGAGAAGGGGGAAUUCGUUCAUAACGUAGCCCGUAAAACAAGUUCUGUGAAAACCAUACAGCAAUCAGUUACCAUCGAACCUGUGGGUCCGUCAGAAGUUGCACCGAAAGAAAGUGUUCAAGAUACGGGUGAAGCAAAUAAAAAUAAACCCGAUGAACUCUGACACACUCAAUACAUCGGGAACGUAUGCGAAUAAGAAAGAAAAAUAUAUAUAUUGUAAACAAGAUAAAUGCUGUGUAUAAUAUGUACAUAAUUGAAUCUAAGAUUUAAUAACACUGUUAAGAAUUUUCGUGCCUUUUAAGUAAUUGCCACUUUAGUUGUUUUAAUUUAAGAGCAAUAAAUAUGAUAAGAAUUCUGGGAAAAAAAUGAGAUAUAAAUAUAUUUUUUUAUGAUUUUAACGUGAUUAUAGUUUGGCAGUAUCGUUUAACGUUUUCAAUUAAAAAAACGACUGUUUCUCAGACAACGAAGCAGUGCGAGAGGGGUGACAGUUGAUUAAUAAUAAACAUGAAAAUUAACAAAUUUAAUUGUUACACAAAAAAGUUUAAGAACAAUAUAAUUUACUCAGUAGGUACUAUAUACUUGAGAACUACUAUUGAAAUAUUUUAAAUAAUAUGUCAUAAAAAAAAUUUUCGUCUUUAUUCGUUCUUAUAUUAUAAUCUCGUCGAUAAACAUUUUAAUUCACUAUUGUUUUGUUGAUGGCAAGACAUAUCUCGUGUUGCCGAUUAACGUAUAAAUCGGAUUAACACACCCCUAUCGCACUAACAUCGUUGCACAUUUAAUUAACAUCAAAUAAAUUAUAUAAUAGAUAUAUGUAACCAUCAUUUUAAUGAAAAUUGUUACCCUGUGUUAUAAAAUAGUGUAAAUAAUUCAUUUUUUUUACACCGAAUCGGAUUUACGGGGUCGUACAAAACUAGCAAUUGUACAUACAGCCACAGUUUUUAUUAAUAUUGUGUGCAAAAUGGAUAAGACCAUGACUAUACUAUAAUCUAAGUUGUAAAUAUAUAUUAAUAUACCGAUUUAUUUAAUUAUCUACCGUUUUAUUGUACUGGAAUUAUCAGCGUCAAAUGUUCUCAGUACGUUUGUUGGAACAUUCCACAUGAGUUUUUGUUUUUAGAAUUAUGUUUUUAAUCUAAUAUAGUCGCAACUAUUUCUCGACAUGAGGUGCAUAAAGUUGGAUCUAUUUUUUGCAAAAACAAUUUUGGAAUUGAUUCAUUCGGUUUCUAGGUACGCGGUUUUAGUAACUUGGUUUUUUCAUAUAAUGAAAACUUAACGUAAUUUUAACAAAAUAAAAAGUCUGAUUAAAAAAUGCGCACGUGGGAAAAACAUAUGACAGUACUUACAUAGGUAACUUUUGUUCUUAUGGCCUAUUAUUCUGAUCAGGAUAAUAAGGACAAAAAUUAUUAUUAUGUUUUAUUUGGUUUUUAAACAAUAUAUCUAUUGUUUUCUUGUCUAAUAUUGACACCAUAAGUGGUAUAAUUGAGUCGUCUAUUAUCAAAGGUGGCAAUCUGUGCAUUUGGACAA